AUGCCUUCUCAGGGGCGGGACCCCCGGGAUCAGAAGAGAUGGGACGUGUGUGAGCAGGACCCUGCACGGUGUGAACCAUCGGGAUCCAUGAACGGGACCAGGAGAGCGGUCAAGCACCUUAGCCACUGCACCACCGGAGCCCCUCAGAGUGAGGAGAGCCGCGCUCUGCUGACCCGGAGGGGGAGAGAAGGACAGACAGAGAGAGGGACAGAGAGGGGGAGAGACAGAGAGAAGGACGGGAGAACAGAGACAGAGAGGGGGAGAGACAGAGAGGGAAAGAGAGACAGAGAGAGGGACAGAGACAGAGAGAGAGAGCCACCACACUGUCGGGCUGUGUGCACCACGGACACUCCACUCGGAGGCCCUUAUGCAAGCCCCGAGGUGGCCUCCUCUGGGCCCCUGACAACCACCCACGUCCAUGGCUCCUGGGCAGGAGUCUGCGUGCACCCUGGCCCCGGGCCACUGCCCCUCCGUGCACAGCAACAGCCCAGUGUAGGCUCACGGCUCUACCCGCUUCGAGAUUGCACCUCAUGGCUAUCCCCCAGGGUCACCCGAGAGGACGGGCUGACUUGCUCUGACACACUGGGCCAGCUCGCGGGGACCGGGGCGGCCCUGGUCCCCCGCUGGAGGACAGUCACAGAGAGCACACCACGCUUCCCAAGGAGGCCGUGUGCUCGAGGUGGCAACAGGGCCCUGCUCAGGCGAGCGGCUGAUGCCUCUGGUCCACCAGGCCAGUCCUGA